GCUCAGACGCGUCACCACCGUCCUCGAUGAGCACUAGCUGAAUCUCCCCUGGACUCGUUCCAUCCCAGCUUCUCCACAGGCUCUCGCUGUUUGCAAACCUCGCCAACUCCUCCGCGCACUCUCUUUUCCAGCUUUACGCUCCGCCCGGGGCCGCCCACAGCUCCUCUGAACCGAUGGCUGCUCCAGCUCGGGUGGAGCUCCUUUCUUGGACUCGUAGAAAAGACCCAAGAGAGAAGGGGCGGUGCCGACCAGAGGAGGCGGAUUGGGCGGGGAAGGGGCCGGACAGAAGCCGGGGCCGGCUGUCACCCAGCUCCCGCCCACUACGUGCGUGCGUUUGGCUUCGGCUUCUCUUUUCUUUGCUGCCUCUCCGCUUCCUUUCACGCGCACCCGGGUUGCCCUCCGUUUUCUGCUCCGUUGGCCAACGAGGGUGGGCAGCCGGGUCCGGAACGGCUAGGGUUGCGGAGAGAAUCCAGACCAGCAAGAAGUAAACAGAGACAUGUGAAGUACAGUUGGGUUAUUUUGUUUUCCACCUCUCUGAGGAAGCUUGAGCAGGUAGGAAAGAAGGAUGGUGAAAAUGGAGACCCCCAGUACAUCCAGAGAUUUUCAGGAGCUGCAGAAGAAGCUAGCUUCACUGAUCGAUUCCAUCCAGAGCAACUCCAAGGUGAUUGCUUUUAUGAACUCUGCCAUUGGUCAGUACCUCGAUAAACAUCCUUUCGUUGCUUUAACCUUGCUGAUGUUCCUUAUGGUAUCUGCCAUCCCUGUUGGAUUCUUCCUGCUGCUUGUGGUCCUGAUGUCUCUGGCUGCCUGUGUUGGGGUUAUAUUAGUGGAAGGAGUCGUGAUUUCUAUAGGUGGCCUCACUCUGCUGUGUGUGCUGUGUGGUUUGGGUUUCGUAUCACUAGCCAUGUCCGGGACUCUUAGCGUGUGUUAUGUGGUUCUCUCCAGCCUCACCAACUAUUGGUUCUCUUUCAGCUCACCAAAGCAUCAGCAAAUCCUUGGAAACAAGUGCCCAAUGACUGUCCAGUAUCCUGACUCCACCAGGCAUGAUUGAGUGAAACCAGUGCUUUGUCUUUGGGAAACAUGCUGUGUAUACAACAUUAGAUUAUGGAUUUUUUCAGGGUGCAAGUCUAAUAGGAUAGGUAGGUGAAUACCACUCUAGAAAUAUUCUUUAGUAUUUUCAGGGUUGAUUAUUGCAGGAUUCCUGGGAGAACAGGAUCCUGUAGGAUUCACAGGGUCCUUGGAUUAUUGAUAUCAUGAAGGCUCUGUUAUGGGGCUAUACCCACAGGAGCAGUACUGCCAACUCUGGGACUUGACACAACUCCCUCCCUUUCCCCAGCUCUCUUCCAAAGUAAAAGACUAAAAAACCCCUUCCUGGACAAGGAGGCUGCUACUAUUCUGGAAAAGCCCAAACAUACGUCUUAGGUCUCAACAUCUAAGAGCCCAACUUGUAUAGAUAUGGGUGUUUAUUCCAAGCAGAUUGGCAGAUGGUUUGGUCCUCUUUCAUUUGGAGUCGGGGAAUAGGGAAAGAAAGAAACACUUCAGCCUUAAUUGCUUUAUCAGAAUAAUAACAUUUAGGUAUAUCAAGAACCACUUAUUCAAGACUGAAAUUCUGCUAGUAGAAUUUAGCAUUAAAGGUAUUUCACUAAAAGGAAUAUACUCCAGAUUGCAUGUACUGUUCAUUUUUUUAUGCUUUAUUAAAAACAAAACAACCACUUUUGUGCAUUCUUUUAAUGUAUUGUUUGAAAGUUUGCUCCAUUGAUCCAUUUCCUGGAACAUGUAUGUAAAGGGACAUACUUAAAUUAUUUGUUGUGCUAUUUUAUUAAACAAAAUUCUUAUUUA